CCUCAUUUAGCGCCCUUUUGCAGAAAGUGCCAAAAAACAAAAAGAACCGUUACAUUGAGAGAGUCAAAAUUUCUUGCUUAGAGAGACAACAUAUGGUACUUAUUAUUCAUGCAAUCAGACUUUAAAAAAAAUAAACAUUCAAUACCUUUUUUUAGGAAAUCAACUUUCCACCUGCAGUAGUGCUAUUAUUUUAACCGCAGCUGUACAUACAUACAAAGGAAUAGAAGAAACAGAAGAUUUGCGAGAAGUAACGGGAUCUUGUGAAAUGAAUGCCAACAACAAAAAUCAGAUCGAGCAAUGUUCUGAGAGGCAGAUGGGAAGCGCCAGCAACAAUGAGUCCAACAAAUGUUUCGCGAUCCCGAUGGUUAGCAACAAUGAUCCUGAGAUGCAAAUGGCUGGCAACAAUGAGCCGAAACAAUGUUUUGGAAACCAAAUGAUGCGCAACAAUGUAACUAUGCAAGGCGGCAAUGUUCAAAGACUGGAAAAUGAGUUGAAAAUAUUGAAGCUGCAAAAUGAGAUCGACCAGUUAAAAAAUCAACAACAACGAAGUGACGACACAGACUCAGGCAUUUCUUUCGAAAUUUUAAAGGAGAUCGUUAGGGUUUAUGAUGGCGGAAACAAUUUUAAUGUUUGGCUAUCUCAACUUUUGAAUGUUCAGAAAAAUUACAAGGUCGAUGACAAUAUGAUGCGUGCGCUGAUUCACUACGAAGUUAAGGGCGAUGCUGAAAUAUGACUGUAUUCAAGCACAAGCGCUACCAUGGAGACAGUGGAUAAAAUGUUAAGCCACCUGGAGAAAAUGAGGCAGAAGCUACAGAACUGCGUCUGGAUCAAAGGGCGAUAAUAUUCACAAG